AUGUGGGAGUCCUGUCCCACCAUGAUGCGUCUCCAUGGUAACAGUGACCUGACCAGUGUGAUGGUGAAGCUGGAGAGGGAGGAGAGAGGAGAUGGGCGUGGGGUCAACAGAGGCGGGCCCCAGGGAGCCUCGUCUUGUGAUUGGUUCACUGAGAGGGUGGAGCUUCUGUCGGGGGUGCGUCGAAGCGUACGCUCGCCAUCGGAUGAUACUGCUGCAGAGGAGAGGGAGGGUGAGGACAGACUAGACCUCCCUCACAACAUGAGCAAGGUGAUGCCGAGCAUCGAGAAGCUGCUGAGCUCGGACUGGAGGGAGAGGGUGCUGGGGAAGAGCUCUUCAAGGACAGGGGACCUCAGGGGUACACAGGAAAGCCUGGUGGAGAAGGAGCUGCAGCUGCUGCUGAUGAUCCGGCAGCUGUCAGGCCUGAGGGAGACGCUGCUGGGGGCACACUCCGAGCAGAGGAACAUGGCCGCCCUCCUCCUGGAGAAGCAGCAGCAGCAGAUGGAGCUGGCCAGGCAACAGCAGGAGCAGAUCGCCAGGCAACAGCAGCAGCUGAUCCAGCAGCAGCAGAAGAUCAACUUGCUGCAGCAGCAGAUCCAGCAGGUGAACAUGCCCUACAUGAUGAUCCCUACCUUCCACCCCAACACGCAGACACUCUCCACCCCUGAAACUCGGAUUGGCCGGUCCUUCCAGCCUAACCUGUGUAAGUCAGCGGAAUAUCCCAUACAUCUCUUCUCUGAUUCUCAGGCCACCCCCACAAAAAGGUCCAAUGGUACAGUCCACCUACAGCCAGCGAGCCAGCCACUGAACCUGACCUCCAAACCCAGGGGGCAGGACUUAAGGAAGAUGUCUAGUCCCAAGGCCCAGGAGGUGGGAUCUCCAAACCUGCAGACUGGCUAUGGGACCCGGGACCUGCAGCAUACCCCUCCUAAGCCUGGGGGCCGCCUGGACGUCCAUAUCGAGGGCGAUGUGGUGACCCGGGCCAUCCACGAAGCCCAGCUGCUUCUGAGGACCCACGGGGCAGGGGACAAAGAGAGGGACAACACCACACAGAGGGAGGUGUCUCCAUGUGAGGGCCUGUCCCAUGGAAAGAGGAAGGAGGACAGACAGGCCCACAGAGUCAGUGAGGACUGUCCUAACAGUGACUCAGAGGCGGGGGCGCUGUCAGUGGCAGGUCAAAGGAGUUUCUCCGAAGGCCAGGCUCCAUCCUCCGAGCACAUCAAGCGGCCCAUGAACGCAUUUAUGGUGUGGGCCAAGGACGAGAGGAGACGCAUUCUGCAGGCCUUCCCUGACAUGCACAACUCCAGCAUCAGCAAGAUACUGGGCACCCGCUGGAAGGCCAUGUCCAACCAGCAGAAGCAGCCGUAUUAUGAGGAGCAGGCCCGCCUGAGCCGCCAGCACCUGGAGCGUUACCCCGACUACAAGUACAAGCCCCGCCCGAAGCGCACCUGCAUACUGGAGGGGCGUCGCUUGCGUGUGGGCGAGUAUAAAGCCAUCAUGAGGAGCCAGCGGCAGGGGCAGCAUCGUGCCCAGCCCCCCAGUCAGUCAAAUCAGCGGCAGCGGUACCCCUCCAGCGACUGCCAGUACCAGACCACGCCCCUGCCCAUGAAGCAACUCCCCCUGCACCCCACCCUCGCAGACCACCUCCUUCAGCUUUGCCCAGAACCUCAGAACGCCCGGUCGCCCCAGGGGCGGAGCGAGGACUCUCAAAGAUCCCCUCGCAGCGAGGGGGAGGAGAGUGAUGCAGGUGAACACAGUGAAGGGGAGCUCUGUGUCUCCACAGACUGA